UCGUUCCCACUCGACCAGCGGAUAAAAAAGGCCUGGGUGAUUAAGUUACGAAUAGGCAAGGCUGUCACGCCUACGAUGCGGGUAUGUAGCGCCCAUUUCGCUAACGAAGACUUCUUGUGGAACACAAUCGAUCCAAACGUGUGGACCCCGACCUUAAAAAGGCUCAAGCAAGGCACCAUGCCAUCUCUGCGCCUGCCCGUGAGGGUGCAUGACAGGCCAGCCCCGAUGCCGAGAAGUCAACGAUGUGACCGAACGCCUGGGAGUGCAUCUGGAUUGCCAUCAUGUUCGUCUGGUGCAAACGAGACAGCUGAGACCCAGCCAAGUUCGCCACGGGCAGAAGUUGUGCACUCUGCUGUGACUGGAGAGACUUGUGCUGAAGAAGGCCUGGCUGCAGACAACGGCAGACAUCACCAUGUGGAUGAUGAGCUGACUGUAGCAAGAGCCCUCCUGAUACUACAAGGAGGUGGUCCUCUGCAAACCAAGGACGAGAGUACCCAAGUGGACACAAGGUCCUUAGUGCGAAAGAGAGAGACGCUUGACAAUCUUCUCAAGACAGAUGGAGAAGUAAAAGCCUUCACUGGUGUAGAAUCUAUCCAGCUGCUGCAAAGAAUAUCAAAGAAUGUACAGCGGUUUGACACAAUGAAUACCGAGCUAUCCGUACACGAGCGUGUCAUGCUCGUCCUAGUAAGGCUGAAAACGUUCCUUUCGUUCAAGUGCAUCGGCACUUUAUUUCGAGUAAGCGAGGCCACUGUACACAGGUAUUUUUAUGGCACAUUGCCUACCCUAGCUGCUGUUCUCAAAAGUGCCAUAUAUUGGCCCACCAAGGGAGAAAUCGAAAAGAACAUCCCCCACUGUUUUCGAGACUAUUGCGAGGUGAGAGUUGUGUUAGACUGCACAGAGGUGGAAAUUGAAAAAUCUCACUGCCUGGCAUGCCGGUUGUUCACCUACUCUUAUUAUAAGGGACGCCACACAGUGAAGUUUUUAAUUGGAGUGUCACCAGCUGGCCUAAUUACAUUCGUCAGCCAGGGUUUUGGAGGGAGGGCAUCCGACAAAGCCUGCGUGGAGAGGUCUCUUGUCCUAAGUAGGCUGCAGCCAUUCAGAGAUGAUGUCAUGGUCGACAAGGGAUUUCAUGUUGACGCAGAGUGCAACAAACUGGGGCUAGGCGUUGUGCAGCCGCCGUUUCUGCGCCAGCAACAGCAAUUCUCUGUCGCUGAUGCAAUGAAGACUGUUAGUGUUGCACAGGCUAGAGUCCAUGUUGAGCGAGCGAUACAGCGCAUAAAAGUUUUUAAGAUUUUUAAGGGGCCAAUUCCUUGGGAAAUGCUUAAAGUAGCUGAUCAUGCAAUCACCGUGGUUGCAGCUAUCGUAAAUCUCUCUGCACCCAUUCUGUCGGAGAACAAAUUUGGAUAG